AUGUCCUGGUCACAACCCGUACCAGAGGCACCUCGCGUGCUGUCACCGACCCCCUCCAGAUCGGACCGGUCAGAGACACCCGACGGAUACAUCGCACCGAUGACAAGGUCUGCAGCCCGUCGCCAGCGUGAGCCAGAUGGUUCAGCCGAAAGUUCUGGCUCAGCGCGAGAAUCAAGAUCUCCCUCGGCUCGGCGCAACCGCCGAUCACACCCCAUGAUACCCGCUUCGCCGCCGCGCUCGGAAAAGGGUACCGACUCGAACACCCAUCUAUCCCCACCAAGCAUUACCGACGCGCUGCGCGACUUGUCAAGAUCACCAUCUCCUCUCGGACUGAUCCCCCUGCAUGCACGCUACCGCAGUUUCAUUCAUCGCCAUGAAAUCCCGCGCAAGCUCUUGCACGUGUCAAUCGGGUUCUUGACUCUGUCGUUAUACAGCCAAGGCGUCCAAACGCUGCAGAUUACACCAGUGCUCUUUACCGUACUGGUGCCUAUUGCCGCAACAGACCUGAUCCGCCAUCGCUUCGAGAGGGUCAACAAGGUAUAUAUUCGGUUUAUGGGUGCGCUCAUGCGCGAAACCGAGGUCACCGGCUACAACGGCGUGAUCUGGUAUCUCCUCGGAGCGUACGUCGCUCUCCGCUUCUUCCCCAAGGAUGUCGGCGUCAUGAGCGUGCUACUCCUUAGCUGGUGUGACACCGCCGCCUCGACAUUCGGUCGUUUGUACGGCCGCUACACCCCCCGUCUGCGUCCCGGAAAGAGCUUGGCUGGUACUAUGGCAGCCUGGUUGGUGGGUGUUGUCACCGCCGCUGCUUUCUGGGGCUGGUUCGUGCCUUACAUUGGCGCUUUCCCCAAUGACCCAGAAGACGCUUUUAUGUUCACGGGACGCUUGAAUCUGCUCCCGAACUGCGUUCGCGGCCUUCUGGGUUGGGAGCCUAGUGAUUCGGCGGUCAUCACUGGCCCUUUGUCUCUAGGCGUCAUGAGUUUCGUCUCUGGCGUCGUUGCCGCUGGCAGCGAGUUCAUUGACAUUUGGGGCUGGGAUGAUAACCUGACGAUCCCUGUGUUGAGUGGAGUUGGCCUCUGGGGUUUCCUUAAGGUCUUUGGGUAG